AUUGUCUAUUCAAUCGACACUCGACAGACAUCAUGCCUGCUGACGUUGCCAAACCCGCUCCCAAGAAGGGCUCCAAGAAAGCCGUCUCCAAGACCGCAGUCAAGGGCGGCAAGAAGCGCCGAAAGACCAGGAAGGAGAGCUAUGCCAUCUAUGUGUACAAGGUGCUGAAGCAGGUCCACCCCGACACUGGUAUCUCCUCCAAGGCGAUGGGAAUCAUGAACUCCUUCGUCAACGACAUCUUUGAGCGCAUCGCUGGUGAGGCUUCUCGCCUUGCUCACUACAACAAGCGCUCCACCAUCACCUCCAGGGAGAUUCAGACAGCCGUCCGCCUGCUGCUCCCCGGUGAGCUGGCCAAGCACGCCGUGUCUGAGGGCACCAAGGCUGUGACCAAGUACACCAGCUCCAAGUAGACUACCACUUGAUCUCAAACAAACGGUCCUUUUAAGGACCACCCAACCAUACUACAAGAGCUCUCCUUUUUUUUGUAUUCAAACUGAUUAAUAUCUGAAGCCUUGCGCAACUUUAUCAAGCCUGCGAAGAAAAAACUGUUUGUAAAACAUGAGCUGAGAAGUGACUUUAGCAUUUCAUGGUAUACCGCAAACUUGAUUAUGCAUUAUCUUUCAUGACUACAACUUUCAAAUAUUCUAUAAUCUUUAAAUCGUACCUUUUAAAAAGCAGAAUACGAUUUAUAUGCAAUGUCAAACAAUUUCUAAACUUUCGUUUAACAAUGGAACUAUAUGUUAAGUUCAUAGUGAAGCCAAAAGGAUGGCCACACGAAGACGUCAUGAUGCUCAAAUGUUUUUUUUCACGUUUGGUCAAUUGAUAUCCACACUUUUCAGAACUGCAUGUCAAACACAAACUUGUCCUUACUCAUUUGUGGAUCUCGUUGCUUUAAGUCCUGUGUACCGCAGGUGAUCUGGGAAACGUGGCUGCGAUCAU